GGGGUGGAUGUGGCGGGCCUGCGGGCGGAGCCGUGCGAGCUGCAGGUUGUGUUGCUGCCGUUUGGGAAGGACAAGGCGGAUCUGGACGACUACCAGCGAUACUCGGGUCCCCCCGAGGGUAAGGCCCUGCAGCGGUGGGUUACGGGUGCCGUACCGCUGUUCGCCGCCACCCUGGACGACUCCGCGGCGGAGGCCUUCCUGGCUCUGGACCCCUCGGGGGGGAGCAUGGCGGGGGCGCCCAAGGUGGUGUUGUUCACCAACAAGGAGGAGGCCCCGGGCGUGUUCCGGGCGCUGGCGCUGGCGAUGCGGGGGCGAGGCAACAUGGCGUUCGGUUGGGUGCAGGUCGGCAGUCCCGCCUCGCAGCGCCUGGUUCAGAGCUUCAAGCCGCCCCGAGUGCCCUUCAUGACCGUCAUACUGCCCACCCGCGUGCCGCCGCCCAAGACAGGGGGCGCCACCAAGGGCGGCAAGGGCGGCAAGGCGGGUGGCAGCAGCAGCGGCAGGGAGGCCCCCGCCAUCCAGUACGGCAGCCAGCCAUACUUGGGUCCUCUGCGGUUCGGCCCCAUGCGGCAGUUCCUGGAGGAGAUGGCGACCCAGCUGGAGGUGGCGUCAGGCAUAGUGAAGGACGCGGCACUAGCUGAGAAGGCCCUUCCGCAGAUCUCCAGCCCCGCCGACUUCCGCACGCACUGCGCCUCCCAGCCGGGGCUGUGUCUGCUGGGGCUGCUGGACAGCCCCUCCGCGCCCACAUACCAGCAGGAACGCAAGGAGCUGUUGGGUCUCGCUGUGCGGAUGCAGCUGAGCGGCGAGGGCGGUGCCAUGCACUUUGGCUGUCUGGAGGGGCGGAAGCACCCGGGGGUGAUGCAGGCAUUCGGGCUGCUGUCCAGCGACCUGCCCUCCCUGGUGGCGCUGUCGCCCAGCCGCAUGCGCUUCGCCGUGCUGCCGGCGGGGGGCGGGGAGGAGGAGGAGGAGGGCGAGGAGGCGGAGGUGGCGCUGCCGGGAGCUAGCAGCAGCGCCCGUCUCAGCUCUCGCCGCGUGGCUCGCUUCAUCCGCGGUGUCAUGUCGGGUAAGGUGCGCACCGCUGAGUUGCACGCCCUCCCAGACUUCCGUGAUGCUGGCGGUGAUGGGCCAGCAGCAGCGGCCGAGGGCGCCUCUGCCGCCACCAGCUCUGACAGCACCGCUGCUGCUGCUGCUGCUGGCGGCGGCGGCGCUGAUGCGGGUGGCGCGGCGGUUGAUGGUGGUGCGGAGGUGGUGGUGGUUGAGGCGGAUGAGUUCGAUCUGAGUGACAUCCUGAGUGAGGAGGUGGAGGGGUCGGGCGCAGCGGCGGGGCUGGUGGGCGGCAAGGCGGACAGGCUGCGGCUGGUGGAGGAGCAGCUGCGGGCGGAGGAGGAGGCUGCUCGGAAGGCUGCGGAGGAGGCGGCCAAGGGCAGCGGCGGCAAGAAGAAGAAAAAGAAGAAGAGCGGCAAGAAGGGCAAGAAGGGCGGCAGCAGUGGCGGAGAGGAGCUGUGAUCCGGUCCAGGAAUUCCUCUGCGAUUGGCUGGUUGACUGAGAGGUCCCCAUGGUUGGACAAGGAGAGGGCAGGUCAGCACUCCCCAUGCGGCGAAUGACGGAAUGCGUGUUGGUGAUCUCUCUCUGGCGUGACGUUGUUCCCUCCACGUCCCUCAUAAGUCAUGAAACCUUGUGUCUGGACGGAGGCUGAGGAUGUAUGUGAUGUGUGUUGCCGCGCCUCCCACGGGAGUGGCUGCUGCGUGCGAGAACCGUCGGUGCAGGGUACAUGUAGAUAGGCGCAUGCGGGCAGGAGGGUAAUGUUGAUGAUGAUGAUGAGGAAGGCAGCUGUUCAGAGAUCUGAGGGGUGUUGAGACCAGGCUGCUGUCAUACUCCGACUCUUUUUGCAUCACACGAGACACAUCACGUUACAGCAAUACGACACCCUUGACCUGCCACGAGCGUUUGCAGCGCAA